UCAACGCAUGCGAGAAACAAAACACGAUCACGUGAACGGGAGCGCUUGAACGUCUGCUUUGGUCUGCUAUCCGUCCGCGCAUCUGUUUGUAUGAGAUUCUGGCGCUUUGAAUUCCUGCGCUAGAGCUAGGCAUAUUCCAGGAAUUCAAAACAGCCGUCCAAGGCCUCGUAAAUGCGCGACUGUUUCGGCAAGCACAAUUGAACUGUCGCAAGAUACCACAGCAUCGUCCCUGCGUUCUCGGUCAUCACUGCAGUGAAUCAUGGAAUCCCCCGACGACUUUCCAAACGUGUCGAUCAUGAUACGACGAAGACGUUUUCAAGUCCGUCAUCUCAUGCUCCUCAUGAUCUCUUUGGGCAUUUUCUUGGUUUACUCCAUGAGGGUAAAUCUCAGUGUGACCAUCAUUGCCAUGAUCAACAGCACAGCCACGCGGGGGAAUGAGAGCAAAGUGUUGACUUCUGAAUGUCCCGUCUCUCCCGACAAUGACUCUUCGCUCUCCAAUCAAAGUGACAUUCCUAGUGGAGAGUUCCUCUGGGACCAAGAAACACAAAGCUAUGUGCUCAACGCCUUCUUUUAUGGUUACAUUGUGACACAAAUCCCUGGAGGCUGGCUCUCUGAAGUUGUAGAUCCAGGAUGGGUCUUUGUUGGUGGAAUUGCUAUCACUUCUCUUCUUACACUUGCUACAGCUGUUGUCGCAAGAGCUAGCUUUGCUGCAUUCCUGGUUCUUCGGGUUCUGGAAGGAAUUGCUGAGGGGGUAACGUACCCAUCCAUGUAUGCCCUACUUGCCCGGUGGUCACCCGUCAACGAGCGAAGUAUGAUGGCUGGCAUCAGCAAUAUUGGAAGCCUCUUGGGUACUGUGGUCACACUACCACUGUCGGCUAUGCUCUGCAAGCAUGGCUUCGCAGGGGGCUGGCCGUCUGUCUUUUACCUCACAGGACUCCUGGGUGUUGUGUGGUCCAUAUUUUGGGUACUUCUAGCUUCUGGCAGUCCUGAAAGACACAAGUUCAUCUCAAUGGAGGAACGCAUCUAUAUAGUUCAUUCUCGGGACGCCAACUUCUCAGAGCACAAGCCGGUGCCUUGGCUCAGCAUACUGACAUCGAGGGGUGUGUGGCUUUGUGCUCUAGUUAAGUUUUGUGCAAGCUGGAGCUUUUAUACCUUGCUCACGGAGCUUCCAAGCUACUUGUCCAAUGUGCUGCACUUUGAUAUUCAAAAGGAUGGUUUCAUGAAUGCCAGCAUAUACUUGGGCCAAGCACUUGUUGGAAUACUUUGUGGCUUCAUGGCUGACAAGCUUCACAAAAAGCAAGUCCUUGGUGUAACCGCCAUAAGAAAGACCUUCGAGUGUGCAGGACUUGCUGCAGUAAGUGUCGGACUGGUUGCAGUGACGUUUGCCCGGUGCGAUUGGGUGGCUGCCUAUGUGGCGCUUCUGCUCUCCAACACGUGUGCUGGCAUCCUCUAUGGUGGUGAUGCUGUCCUGCCUAUUGACCUCGCACCUGAUUUUGCUGGUGCUGUCAUGGGACUCACAAACUGCAUUUCCAAUACUGCUGGAAUUUUCGCACCUCUUGUAGUUGGCUACCUGACAGAAAGCAAUGAGACCAUUGCACGGUGGAAUGCCGUGUUUUACAUUGCUGCUGCGAUGUGCGCCUUUGGAGCCGUGGUAUUCUUGGCAUUCGGCACGGCGGAAGUGCAACCGUGGGCACAUCAGCAGGCCACUCCUCUUGGGGGCUCAGCGGCUGUGCUCGUUCCUAGCGAUGAACUUCUUGACGACGAUCCACUAGAGGGCUCAAAGGAUGCAAGGUCUUACUGCCACUGACAGCAUUUAACGGUGUGCCUUACAGCGUCAGUUAGCACAGUGGACUGCUUUGUUGGUGCUGACUGACCUUUUCUUUCUCUCUAUUCCUUGGAGGUGCGAGAGUAGUGUUCCUGCUGAUAUACUGUGAUACCAACAACCAUGUCUUAUGUGGCGUUUAAUUUGCCAGGCUCCCCCUAAGGAAAGCUUUCAAAGUUUUCCUGCUAAGUGCACAAGAGCCCAGUUAGUUUUUAGAGCAUCAAGUAGUAUGCUUACUAUGUACAUUUAGUCUCUUCCCGUACAGAAGCAUUCUUUGGUUUUGUAAUUUCGUGCAUUCUUUACUUUCCUCAAAGAUUCACUUGAAGACUGUUUGCUUGUUGUGAUGCCCACUGCAGUGAUGCAAGCACUUUUGUGCCCUGCAUUUAUGCUUAAUGCAUUUUAUUUUUUCUCAUCA